UUCGACCAUAGACGCUCGACUAAGCGUGCGCACGCUCCUCGUGUCAUUGCACCCAGAGUGUAAGCCAGCAUUCCUGCCAAGCUAGCGCGCGAUGCACUGCGGUCUAGCGGUUCCGGCGUGAGAGACGAUAUGUGCUACUCUCGCGCCUAACGCUGACUGCACCGUGACUUGCACAUAUCGCUAGCAUAGCGUAACUGCACAGCGCUUGGCGUGCGUCCACUUUAAGCAGACGAACAAUUUCGAUUCUAUGCUGAAUAUUCAACAGUACCAGAGUGUUGUUAAGAAAUAUUGUUUUUGCCAAGGAUCUUUAGCCAAAAUUUACAUCAGAAAUUUUACAUAACGCCAAUGUUCGACAGUGGGUACGUGCCAUAUUAUGUAGUGGCAAAGAAGUAGAGGAAGAAGAGGUAAACCCACUGCUGUGCGUCGGAUUGUCGGCUUUACCGCGCCUGAUUAUGUCUGCCGGAGAAGGCUUGCAUAAGAUGUGCCGAUAUAUUUCGGAGGAGGAAUGCGACAGCCAACUCGUCAGCCCAAACGUUGGGUGCACCGAUGUGACGGGCAAUUACGAAGAUGACCUUGUCGAGGCCAGCACCGUCUCUUCAGUGUCCACUUGUGAAACCUGCGGUGCCUGCUUCUCUUCGCCCGAAUUCUUGGUGAGGCAUCGUCGCUAUGGGCACACGGGAAGAUCACACAGUCAGCAGCAGUGUUCCCGCAGCAGGGCGAGACCCGGCGACGAGGGUGAGGCGUCCGUCCGCCAAGGAAGCUCUGGCCGCCAGAGUUCGCCGGCCAACUCGGAGCGCGCCUGCGACGUGUGCGGCCGUCGCUUCGCCAAUUCCUCGCACCUAGCGCGUCACCGAAGGACGCACCUAGGGAGCUUGGACGAGUUCGUGUGCUCCGACUGCUUGCUGUCCUUCGCCAGGAAGGACGCUCUUCAGAGGCACAUGCUCACCCACAUGGGGCUGCGGCCUUACGUGUGCCGGGUGUGUGGCAGCGCAUUCACUCAACGGAGCAGCGCCACGAGGCACGAGAGGAACAUACACGGCCUGCAGUGACGGUGCGAACCCUGUAUUCGCACGCGAGAGGGUCUCGCACGGCUGCCACGACAAGGCUGCUCGGCAGCGAGUGAAUACAGAAAAAAGAACGUACUCUCAGAUGUGAAUGAAAUGGCGCAAUAAAAUUAAAGGACAAUGCUUGGGAUCGGGCUUAUUCU